AUGAAAACAAUAUGUGCAGGACGUCUUCAGGUCAUUUGUAUAAAAACUAGACAGAUCCGGUGUGGUUCUCUUGGCCGCCAGGUGCAGGUUGUCCUUCAUGCUCGUCACCAUUUUAAUGCUGCACGUCCUUUAGCUGCCAGGAGCCAUGUUGGUACUGUACAAGACUGUAAUACGGAGGUCUGUGGAAGACCCCCCGAAACCAUGGGAUCCUCCAUAAACUGCUGGGAUUAAACAACAGUUGACAGAGAAGCUGUUCCUUUUGUCAAUUUAAGGCUUUACCAUAGGCAGACAGCCCAACUUGCAAAAAUGUUUCAAGGAGGUGACUUCACCAGCUAUGGCAACACCCCUCACCCCCCUCCCCACAUACGCGUGUGUUCGUAGCCCCACAUACACUGCCUGUAAACAAGUUUGAACACUUUGACACACAGAUAUAUGCACUGGCACAUACACACUCCGAUACACAUUGAGACACAGAUACACACAUUGAAACACACACUCAGAUACACACUGACACUCAGAUACACAGAUAAACACACUGACACAUACACUGGGAUACACACUGGCACAAAUACAGGGAUACAUAUUGAGACAUCAGCAUAUAUACACUCACACACUGACACAAACACUUAGAUACACACACACACACACACUGACAUACAGAUACACACACUCACAUACACACUGGCACAUAUACACAAUCUGAAACACACUCAGAUAAACACCGACACAUAUACUUUAUACAUUAUUAAAAUAAUAUCAGGAAGUAUUACUUUACUUAGAGGGUAGUGGAUGCAUGGAAUAGCCUUCCAGCUGAAGUGGUAGAGGUUAACACAGUAAAGGAGUUUAAGCAUGCGUGGGCUAGGCAUAAGGCUAUCCUAACUAUAAGAUAAGGCCAGGGACUAAUGAAAGUAUUUAGAAAAUUGGGCAGACUAGAUAGGCUGAAUGGUUCUUAUCUGCCGUCACAUUCUAUGUUUCUAUGUUUCUCCUGUUAGCUUACCUUUGUGUUCUGGAGGGUGGCUUGCUUGGUGAGGUUGAUGGGAGUGAGCAUGCAGUAGCGGCUCACUCCAGCCUCUCCUCUGCCCCCAUGCUGCCUCCAGCCUCCUUCUCCCUCUGUUCCUCCUGUGCGGCUCUCUGUGGAGCAGGGAGGAAGUGACAGGCUGUCCUCACUUCCUCUCUGCCGGCUGAUACUACAGGGGCCCUUUUGAUUAUUAAAGGUUCGGCACCCGACCGGACCUCGUUUAGUGAGUAUGAGGGAAGGGGGCACAUAUCAUGCAUAAUAUCCUGGUAACCAACAUACACAAUCUGAUAUAUAUUGUAUGUCAUAUUGUGUGUGUGAUUUCCGGGAUAGUAAACAUGAUAUGAGUGUGUCAGGGAGCCACAUGCAAAAUGCGAGAGUCUCUCGGGACUACCAGGAGACUUGGGAUGUCUGAAUAAGACAAAGCAGUUCUUACUUAUGAUAUGUUUGGAUUGUGUUGGAAUUUCAUUAGUAUUUCAUAAUUUUAUAUCUUUACAGAAAAGGGACAUAACCACUUUAAAUGAGGGUAUGGUCAGGCACUAGACUCCAAAUUUCAUCUUAAAAUGUCACCAGCCAUAACUGUCUAAUUCUUUAUUCCCUUUUCCAGUGAGUUUAGCACGAGUUCCUGAAGGAGCCUGCUUGCCAGCCUCCUGCCCACAGACUAUGGACCUUGUGAACUAUAAUGUAAAAGUCUCUGUUUGUGCAAUUAGCAUUAUAUGGCUCGGUUACCAAACAACCGCACAAAUCAGAGACCACCCUGGAGCUUGUUAACACCUGUUAAUAACUUGGAACAUUUCUCACCACAGUGUUCUAAUUGUUCGUCUGGGUGGCUGCAAUUCCUAUGGACAACCACGAGGUGGCGGCCAUCUUGUUCGCAUGAAUGCAGGCAGUGGUGUUUGGGCAUGAAUCUCAUGGAACUAAAAUCGGACACAGAAACUCACGAACACCGCUGGACUUCCAUCAUGCCUGUGUUCUGUUCUAUAGACUGAGAAGGGCACUGUUCAGUGAAAUCAUUCAUCUGGAUGAGGGGAACAAGUUCCAGGGUAAGACUAUUGACUCUGUUCAGUAGUUUGUUCGUUUUCAAACUACCAAACUAGACCGACCACAUGCCCUGAUUCUCUGGAACUGUUUUGGGCAUGGGACCAUGCCUGCGGUCCUCCCCCUGGGCCCCCACCCCUAAACGACAGAUGGGGGCCCUAAAGUAAAAUAAGGGGGGACCUAUUGUCCUCCCCCCAGCCCCCACCCCUGAGGGGCGGGUGUGGGCCUUAAAGUCCUCCCUCCCGGCCCCCACUCCUGAGCCCCCCCUAAAUUAGAAUAAUGGGGGGACCUAUUGUCCUCUCCCCUGGCCGCCACCCCUGAGCGGAGGGUGGGAGAUCUAAAUAAAAAACUUUUUAUAAAUCCCUACCUACCCCCCUCACCUUAAAAAUAGUGACUAACAAUGACUAAGUACCUGUAAAAAAAAAGAAAUAUAACUUACUAUUUAAUGUCUUCUUUUUUCUUAUAAAGCCUUGCCCCGCCCUGCAAUUAGGCUCAGAGCACUCUGCUUGUUUGGUUUAAGCCAUCCAAUGAGAGUGCUCUGACAGGUAAACGAAGAGACUGACAGGUAAGUCCCUACAUUUACCUGUCACAGCACUCUCAUUGGUUAGCUUGAAAUCCAACCAAUCAGAAUGCUCUGUGUCAUUUUACACAGCGUGGGAAAGUUCUUUGGAAUUUUCCCACGCUGUGUAAUUUGACUCAUAACAACACUCUGGUUGGUUGAUUGAAAGUAACCAAUCAGAGAGUUAUGAGUCAAAUCAAUACAAGGAACGCACACUCGGAUAACCAACUGGAAACCACGACAGGGCACUGAGAAAUCGACCAACUAGAUUUAAAUAGCUAAAGGCAUUUCCUAAUAGGAUGUAGGGAAGCAUGUGAUCAAGCUUAUGUGUGUAACACACCCAUAUUAAAUUAAUUGAUCUGGCCCUUUGAGGGUUAAACAGGAAACCCUUUAUUAUUCAGAGCUCAAGGGGGCGGCGUCCUUAAUGAUACAGAGAGGAGAGGUCACCUCUGGUGAGUGUUUGGCAGUGUUACCCCUUAGUUUGUGGGAAUACCGCCAUAGCAAUACGCGCCCGCCGGGACUCAUGCUGCCCUCUGACAGGAGCAGCGCCGACGGACGACAUGACAGUCUUUUCUGCAUCUUUAGAAAUAAUAAAUGCAGGUCUUACUUCUUUUUCUACUUAUUAUACAGUUGCAAGAAAAAGUAUGUGAACCCUUUGGAAUGAUAUGGAUUUCUGCACAAAUUGGUCAUAAAAUGUGAUCUGAUCAUCAUCUAAGUCACAACAGACAAUCACAGUCUGCUUAAACUAAUAACACACAAAGAAUGAAAUGUUGCCAUGUUUUUAUUGAACACACCAUGUAAACAUUCACAGUGCAGGUGGAAAAAGUAUGUGAACCCCUAGACUAAUGACAUCUCCAAGAGCUAAUUGGAGUGAGAUGUCAGCCAACUGGAGUCCAAUCAAUGAGAUGAGAUUGGAGGUGUUGGUUACAGCUGCCCUGCCCUAUAAAAAAAAAACACACACCAGUUCUGGGUUUGCUUUUCACAAGAAGCAUUGCCUGAUGUGAAUGAUUCCUCACACAAUAGAGCUCUCAGAAGACCUACGAUUAAGAACUGUUGACUUGCAUAAAGCUGGAAAGGGUUAUAAAAGCCUUGCUGUUCAUCAGUCCACGGUAAGACAAAUUGUCUAUAAAUGGAGAAAGUUCAGCACUGCUGCUACUCUCCCUAGGAGUGGCCAUCCUGUAAAGAUGACUGCAAGAGCACAGCGCAGACUGCUCAAUGAGGUGAAGAAGAAUUCUAGAGUGUCAGCUAAAGACUUACAAAAGUCACUGGCAAAUGUUAACAUCCCUGUUAGCGAAUCUACAAUACGUAAAACACUAAACAAGAAUGGAUUUCAUGGGAGGAUACCACAGAGGAAGCCACUGCUGUCCAAACAAAACAUUGCUGCACGUUUACAGUUUGCACAAGAGCACCUGGAUGUUCCACAGCAGUACUGGCAAAAUAUUCUGUGGACAGAUGAAACCAAAGUUGAGUUGUUUGGAAGAAACACACAAUACUAUGUGUGGCGAAAAAAAAGGCACAGCACACCAACAUCAAAACCUCAUCCCAACUGUGAAGUAUGGUGGUGGGGGCAUCAUGGUUUGGGGCUGCUUUGCUGCGUCAGGGCCUGGACGGAUUGCUAUCAUCGAAGGAAAAAUGAAUUCCCAAGUUUAUCAAGACAUUUUGCAGGAGAACUUAAGGCCAUCUGUCUACCAGCUGAAGCUCAACAGAAGAUGGAUGUUGCAACAGGACAAUGACCCAAAGCAUAGAAGUAAAUCAACAACAGAAUGGCUUAAACAGAAGAAAAUACGCCUUCUGAAGUGGCCCAGUCAGAGUCCUGACCUCAACCCGAUUGAGAUGCUGUGGCAUGACCUCAAGAAAGCGAUUCACACCAGACAUCCCAAGAAUAUUGCUGAACUGAAACAGUUCUGUAAAGAGAUACAUACAAUAGAUGGUAAAUCACACUUCUGGAUAUGUCUGUAAAAAAUAUAUAUAACACACACAAUAGUGUAAUACAGUUAGUAUGACUAAAUAGUGCAGAUAGUAAAUAGUGCAGAGUUUUCAAAUGAGGUACUCACAAGCGUGGAGCCAGUAAUAUGUGGCUCGCACUGUUGUCGCCUUGGGACGUUUUUUAGAAGGAUGUCCCUCUCCUAGCUGAAUCACCGGUCUCACUUGAUUUUCCAAAGAUUCCAAAAUGGAUGAGUGUUCCCAGCGUUUCCCAGAGGAAUAAAGCCUUUCAAUGGGAAGUGUUUUGUGUGGCAUGCAUAGCCAACAAAUUUAUUCAUGAAAAUAUAUGUAAAAAUACAAUGUAAAAUAGUAAAAAACUUAGAUAAAAAAAUACAACAUAUAAAAUACUAUAUAAAAGGCUAGUAGCUAUAGCUGCUGUAUGAAAGUUCAACCAAAUGGUUAAUGAUUGUUCCGAUAUGAAAGUUCAACCAAAUGGUUAAUGAUUGUUCUGUAAAGAGGAAUGGCCAAGAAUUACUCCUGACCGUUGUGCACGUCUGAUAUGCAACUACAGGAAACGUUUGGUUGAAGUUAUUGCUGCCAAAGGAGGUUCAACCAGUUAUUAAUCCAAGGGUUCACAUACUUUUUCCACCUGCACUGUGAAUGUUUACAUGGUGUGUUCAAUAAAAACAUGGCAACAUUUCAUUCUUUGUGUGUUAUUAGUUUAAGCAGACUGUGAUUGUCUAUUGUUGUGACUUAGAUGCUGAUCAGAUCACAUUUUAUGACGAAUUUGUGCAGAAAUCCAUAUCAUUCCAAAGGGUUCACAUACUUUUUCUUGCAACUGUAUUUAUAAUAUAUUGUAUCUAUAAUACUUCUUAUGUCAUUGUUGGAAGACCUUAACAUAACAAAACUGAUUUUGGUCAGAAUGGAUUAUAUUAGAAAUACCUUGUUUCAGUCUACUUGAAAGAAUUGAGGCAAAUAAUUUAGAGUCUAUUUUAAGUAAAGCAAAGGGUCUAUAAUUAACAAUUUUGAUUGAAUGUCUCUGCCUAUAAAUUGGUAUUCACUUUGAAAAAAUACCUCAGAGCAUAUCUCCUCUACACAGAACUCAUUAAAGAUUGCAGUUAAAUACUCAGAAAUAUUAUUUUUAACUAUUUUAUGGAACAUGCCUUCAAGACCACUAAGUCCAGGUGAUUUGUGUUUUUUAGCCUCUAAUGGCCUCUCCCACAUCGUUUGUAAGAAUCGGACUAUUUAAUAAGUUAUUCAUCUCUUAGUCAAUCUUUGGAAUGGAAGACUCUCUACAUGUCCCUUGAUUUUCUCCAUAGGUGUUUCUGUAGGUAAUGUUAUGUGACAUAGUAUUUUCUAAAUAUGGUUCCGAUUUCAUCAGGGGACAUAUAUAUAUAUAGUCUCUGUCCAAUAUUUUGAUUAUACGAUUAUAGGCCUCUUUCUUUUUUAGUUUUUAUGUAAGGGCUUUAUCUGCCCUAUAUGUGGCAUAAUGCCUUUUUUGUUUUAAUUGUAUUUGUUAAGCAAUUUCUCCCAUUUAGUAUAAGGGAAACAUCUCCCAGUAUCAGGUUAAUUCUUGCAUACGAACAGUGAGCCCAAAAGAAAUGAUGUGUAGUCUUCCUGUGUAGGGUGAAAAACCUUCCAUAAAACAUAAAGUUUAAUUCUGUCAAAGCUGUAGCUGUUCUUAUGAUUCUAUUAUAUAGUUUCUCACCUCUUUUUAAAUUCUUAUCUUUAGCCGUAGCUAUCAUACAAUUGAAAUCUCAGGCUAUGAUAAGUGUAACUUUCUCCACUUUAUCAAAUAGUCUAAAUAAUACAAGACAUACAACGAAAAACUUUGGUUCUACAGUUGGACCAACACUACCUGACCCUGUAGAAGUAUCCCUCCUACUAACAGGGACAAUGUGUCUUACCCUCUAAAGACAACUUUGAUGCAACUACUUAAUUUAAACAAUCUCUGUAAUUUAAGCCUAAAUCUACCUAAGUGGUUCCUGGUUAUGUUAAACAGAAUUAUCUACGUCUAUGUCUGUUAGUCCACCCAAUGCACAGCGAUACGAAAUUUGUUGGCGCUUUAUAAAUGAAUAAUAAUAAUAAUAAUAAUAAUAAUGCUAUCUUACUAGUAUGAUCUAUUUUAUGUGGCAGAAGGAAGUGGUAUAAAUAAAUAAACAUUAUGCAUCGGUUCCAAUCUUUCUGUUCAAUAUCAAUCCAGUAAGAGAAACCAUACGACCUCUUUCUUCGUUAUCAUUCUUCCUUCUUUUCAUUUUCAAACAUGCAAACCAAUUAUGUUAAUACUUGUGUGUCCUUCAUUCUAUCAUUUUGCAUUUUUCCUUUUUUAUCUCUUUCUCUCCUUUCUUCCUUUCCAAUCUUCUCUCUUCGCCCAUUCCUUCUUUUCAUCUGCUUUCUUUUCCCAUUCUUAAAAAAAAAAUUUCCUUUGCUUUCCCUUCCCUUAUUUAUUCUAUUUUUGUAUGGCCUGUGGCCCAUCUUUUAUUUUCCAGGUACCUACUGUCCAUUCUUUAAUUCGCAGUUGCGUAUGGACCAUCCUUUAUUUUGCAGGUGCCUGUGGCCCAUCCUUAAUUUUGCAGGUGUGUACUAUCCAUCCUUUAUUUUGCAGUUGCGUACAGUCCAUACUUUAUUUUGCCGGUGCGUACUAUCCAUCCUUUAUUUUGCAGUUGCGUACGGUCCAUCCUUUAUUUUGCAGUUGCGUACGGUCCAUUCUUUAUUUUGCAGUUGCGUACGGUCCAUCCUUUAUUUUGCAGUUGCGUACGGUCCAUCCUUUAUUUUGCCGGUGUGUACUAUCCAUCCUUUAUUUUGCAGUUGCGUACGGUCCAUACUUUAUUUUGCAGUUGCGUAUAGUCCAUACUUUAUUUUGCAGUUGCGUACGGUCCAUCCUUUAUUUUGCCGGUGCGUACUAUCCAUCCUUUAUUUUGCAGUUGCGUACGGUCCAUCCUUUAUUUUGCAGUUGCGUACGGUCCAUCCUUUAUUUUGCCGGUGUGUACUAUCCAUCCUUUAUUUUGCAGUUGUGUACGGUCCAUACUUUAUUUUGCAGUUGCGUAUAGUCCAUACUUUAUUUUGCAGUUGCGUACGGUCCAUCCUUUAUUUUGCCGGUGUGUACUAUCCAUCCUUUUUUUUGCAGUUGCGUAUAGUCCAUACUUUAUUUUGCAGGUGUGUACUAUCCAUCCUUUAUUUUGCAGGUGUGUACUAUCCAUCCUUUAUUUUGCAGGUGUGUACUAUCCAUCCUUUAUUUUGCAGUUGCGUACGGUCCAUUCUUUAUUUUGCAGUUGCGUACGGUCACUAUUUUGUAUCACUCCCAAUAUUUCUGUGUUUAAGAUCAGCCUUCAUUUCAAAGUUUCCUUUUCUAAUAUUAAAAUGCAUAAAGUUACCUAAGUGCGUGCCAUCUGUGUCCUUUAUUAUCUAGAUUUUCUACUUUUUGGUCAUUUCUCUUUCACUUUUCAGUUGUUUUUUAUUUCUUUUUUAAAUUCUAGUUGUUUUGAAGCUCUUCAUGCAUUGCAGGUUUUGACCCUAGUAUACCCAGUUCAUUAUGUGUAGUUUCUGGGUCAGUUUCAGUAAUGGUUGCAACUUCCAUUGCUGAACAAUUAAACAACAUAUCUGCCUUUUUGCCUUUUUCGUUCAAGCUCUUCCCUUUUUUUACUCACCAUAUUAAUCUGGUCGUAGUUAGGUCACAUUUUUCAGCCUUAUCCUUUAUAUUCACAUGUCAAGAUGUCAGUAUACUAAGUUUACCUUAGGCAAAUAUAUCACAAACAUAAAGACUACUCUAUUCCUUUGUCUAUUUAGCCAUGCAAUACUUGUACUUUAUUGCAUCCUUCAAUCUGGUUCUUUCUCAUCUGUUUAUCUCCUAAUCCCAUACCUUCCGUUUCAUUGUCAAUUGGAAUGAAAUAAUUAUAAUAAUUGACCUUGUUCUUUUUCCUUUUAACCCUUUUAAAGGAUGGGUAUUUGUGGCGAAAGCCACUUCGCCACUGAGGUUUGGAGGGGACUGCUUGCCAGCCGUUUACCCGAUGACUAUGGCCCCUUUUAUUUAUUAUGGUUAUAAAAAAACUAUUUGUACUUAUUAUGGCUCUGGACAAUAAUUAUUUGAACUUUCGAAGCGGCACUUUGAACUCCCGAACUUCCGAAGCCAUUUGAACUCCCGAACUUCCGAAGCCAUUCAACCACGUGGUGGCGGCCUUCUUGCUCGCAUGGACUAAAACCAUGAAUAGACUUCAGGGGGACUUAUCCGUGAAUGCCCUGGAACUAUUUUCAAAAAUGGAAAUUCCUUGUAUCUUCUUCACAUAUCCAUAAAAAAUACAAUCUAUAAUGAAGGAAAGAACUUAAAAAAAACUUGAAUAGCAUAAUAGAAAAUGUAAUGGGACAUGGGUGAUUUGAUGUUCCACUCACAAAAAAUAUGCUUGUAGCAGGCACGUAAAGGUAUCUUUAUAGGACGUUAACCUUCUGUCCUUUUCUUUUAUUCCAUUGACCAUAUAGGGAAAAAAGGGAGAAAAGCAAAUAUAGUUGUGACGGCAGUCACCACCACAGGUGAUGGAAGACAGACACUAUGGGUGGGCUACCAAAUUCAUUUUGUGUUUUGUCACAUUGUGCCUAUUAUUUGUGCAGGGUAUGUUGAAUGUAUUGCUGGUCUCUGCAUCUCCCCCUUUUUCCUGUCCUAUUGUUUCCCCAGCAGGGUGUUGUCCCAGGGACACUGCCAGACCAGUUUAAUCUAGCUGCUCUGUCCCUCCUCAAUCUCCCAUCACUGCCACCAAUGUAAUGGAGCUCCAGUACUCCAAUAGAGUACCUCCGCCAAGUCUACUUCCUUGUAGCUAUCAGGGACCCUGAAACACUUCAGACCCAGAUACCGAGGCUUGACUGGGAUCACUUAGGGCCUUUUCCACCCUGGACCAAACACCAGACGACACAUGGUGAAGGUUAAACAGCAACUCUUUAAUGACUACAGCACACAUAGUUUAAGCCCCCAACAGCCUCAUUUACAUACAAUAGGUUACAUAGAUUACUAUAGUACAAGGAAGGGUGGGGUCAGACAAUAGCAGGAGCUGAUGGAAGAUUGAGGAGGGACAGAGCAGCUAGUCUAAACUGGUCUGGCAGUGUCCCUGGGACAACGCCCUGCCGGGGAAACAAUAGGACAGGAAAAAGGGGGAAGGGGGAGAUGCACAGACCAGCAAUACAUUCAACAUACCCUGCACAAAUAAUAGGCACAAUGUGACGAAACACAAAAGGAAUUUGGUAGCCCACCCAUAGUGUCUGUCUUCCAUCACCUGUGGUGGUGACUGCCGUCACAAUAGUGUACCACUUUAAAAAGUAAAACACAUUUUAUUUUAAAUUGCACACACAGCAUGGAUUAUUUAGGCUUGUAUAUCAUGAUAUGUGUAUCCAGACCCAGGGUACGGUGUUAUGAAGUCCUCUGUAGUCAGUAACCAGAUAGCAGCUUGCAAUCCACACAGAUAAAAUCAAAUCAAAUCUAAACAAAAUAAAUACAAAAUACAAAUAAAUAAAAAUUACAGUCACUAUAUUCUUCUCCCAGCCCUACGCGUUUCGUCCUUCAAACGGAAUUCUUCAGGGGAAUCUAGUAGUUAUGUUGCUGGUCUCCGUCGGGAUUCUUUUUAAAUAGCCUAUACACGCCUUCUCUAGCUGUUUUCCGCCAAUCAAAAUUUUCAGUUAGAUUGAAAUCCCCUGAAAUCCUUUAGCUGACGCUUUGUGUCCCAAGCCUCAGUCAGUGUUGGAUGUCUGUGACGUCUUCGGUUGCACCUUGGUUGCCCUUGCGUUUGGAUAGCCCUGAUCUGGGUGAACAACAUAUCCAAAAAUCAUCCAGAUCAGAGCAAGGGUACAAAAGUUUUCUGGAAGUCUCUUUUGACCAACUGCAAGUAUGGCUUAGUAGUUCCACAGAUUUUGGCUAUGCUGCCGGUCUAUUUUCAAUGUUAAAAGUGCACUAUAGUACAAAUAAGGGUGGGAUCAGAAAAUAGCAAGGGCUGAUGUGAGAUUGAGGAGGGACAAAGCAGCCAAUUUAAACUGGUCUGGCAGUGUCCCUGGGACAACGCCCUGCUCGGGAAACAAUAGGACAGGAAGAAGGGGGAGGGGAAUAGGCACAUUUUCCCAUCUCUUUUUGCAGGGCCCAUAGUCUUUGGGCAAAAGGCUGACCAUUAGUCCUUUCCAAAAACCAGUGGCGAAAUUGCUUUCGUCACAGACAUCACAGACAUCCAACACUGACUGAGGCUUGGGGCGCAAAGCGUCAGCUAAAGGAUUUCAGGUGAUUUCGAUCUAACCGCCUGUUCCGAUUGGCGGAAAGCAGCUAGAGAAGGCGCACAUAGGAUAUUUUAAAAAAGUCCGUAUGAAGGACAAAAAGCAUAGGGCUGGGAGAUUAUAGUGACUGUAAUUUUUAUUUAUUAGUUCUAAUCACUAGCUCUUGUAAGAGCUGUUCCUGCUACGCUCUCUGAACUAGGAGAGAACUUUCCCACACGGUGGGAGGAAGGCAACGAGAUCCCAGCUAAGCUACAGCGGUUGUGGCGUUUGCGGUGCUUGUGGUAUCUGGUGCAGUGCUUACGGUCCUCAGCAUCAGCUAGGAAGCAUCUGUUGGCGGAGGUGCCCAGUCGAGGUGCCAAGUGUUCCGUCACAGUAUUAUUUGGUGAACUAAACAUCUGUCUUUCCUCGUCAUUGCUCACAAGAGUCUCCUUUCGUCUUCUUGCCUUACCUAUUUGCUUCUCUCAGGUUUUGUCCAGUUUUGAGAGAACACAAGGGUGUCCUUUAUUUUGCAGGCUGGUGGCUUGCUUAAUAAUCCUUUCUCUGCUUGUAAACCCCCUCCUUAUUGUAGCUGUUGGCACUUGACCUUCUUUCACUGGGUCAGUUGAGAACCCGGAACACUCCCUCAACACGUCCUACGUCAUCACAAAGGUAAGUGGUGUGUAGCUAUGCCAUUUAGUGUCUUGGGUUUCUCUUGUUCUUUACGGCUUUUACCCAUUUGUAAUACGUUUGAGUUUUGUAAUUCCCUGUUUGUUAGUGCUAUUAUUUUCUUUUUCUGAAGUCACAUAAUGUUGCAUUACAGAUCAAUGUGAGCUAAGCAGCAAUAUCUGCUCUUAAUCAAUAUUCUGUCAAAUUAAUGCAUUGUAACAUGUUCAAUUCUAAGACUUUCACUUCUCAUUAGUAAAGGGGAGCUGUAAUUUACGUCACAACACGUGUUAUCCUUUUUUCAUGAGCUGCUUUGUUUUCUUUAACCCCUUAAUGACACAACUUAUGGAAUAAAAGGGAAUCUUGACAGAAUAUUUCCGUCCUGUGUCCUUAACGGGUUAAAAAUUGUAUUAAAGAUUUAUCAAAUGACAGAAGAAUCCCGUUCAAUCAGGGCAAAACUACGGCAAGCUUUGCAAUAAAAUGAUUCAUUGCUCCUUGUACUCUCUCUAUGCUCACUGCCAGGAUAGAAGGACUGAUCUUAUAACAAUGAUUGACAGGGAGUCAAGGUGUAGGUACCCUGUGCCAGGAUGGAGAGGGGCACAUUUCUCUCUUUAAUGUUAAUUUCCAGAUGUCAUAAACACAUAGGGUCAGAUUUAUCAAAAUUCUCUGUUCUAAAAGUGGUGCCAAACUAUAAAAUGGGAGGAGCCUGUGCUACCUGGCUACACUGGUUCCCAUGGUGAUUGCUCCACUUUCAGUACCGUAGACCCCUUUUUGAAACAUAACACUUUAUUAUUAAAUAGAGGGGAUAAAUAUACAUAACACUGAGAAUCCUCGGAAGUGACAGAUCUGCUUUUAGUUCAUGGUUGGUGGAGAUUAGUCCAUUGUAUCGUACAUUAUUUUUCACACUUGCUUUAAUUUGUAAAUUUAUUUAAUCUGAUUGAUGUGUUUUCUAGGUGGAGGGAGGCCAAGGAAGUGGAGAUGAUACAGCUUUGAAUGGAAUAGAGCUAUUUUGUACAAGUGGUCCAACCACAGACACGACUCAUUCAAUCUCAUCUACAGUUGGCCCGUGAGUUUAUACAUUUGUCUGUUUAAGUUUUACGUGUCUCUAUCUAUUUAAUACUUAAUUAAAUACCAAUACAGAGCUCCCAACUAUCCUUCAUUUGGCAGAAGAGUCCUUAUAUUUGGGUCUGCUCUCCUGAUUUAGUUCUGCUCCAUCAAAAGUAGCAUAAAGACAUGUUUAAUGAGUUAAAGGGACAAUCCAUGACACACAUAUUUCAUGGACUAAAGGAACAAUCCACAUUACGUUUAUCUGCCCAUGGUAAAAAUGUAAAGCUCUAGUGGAUUCCCUGGAGCUGUGGGUCGGGGUCCCGCUGGCUGCCUGGAAGGCCGUGCCGACCAACGGGAGGAGUGCCCAUUUAAACUGGGUUUGCGCCAUUCUCUUGAUUGGUCAGCACUAGUGAGCACUGAUUGGUAACUGCGGGGCACAGGUGACCGAUCAUAGAAGGAGCGCCAGUGCAAACGUUGUUUCGUGCCCUUUCUUCUGAUUGGGCGUUGCAUAGUUUAGGCGCGAAGUUUGAAUCAACCGGACUAAACCAAGCAACUUCAUGGAACUGAUUUUGGGGAUGUACAGAGCCUCAAGCCCCAGAUUUAUUACACUGAUAUCUUAGGCUCUGUACAUCCGAUAGCCCCGCUAGUUACAGGGAUCCUAGAUGGGAUCCGGGGCUAUCUAAUGGUGUUUGUUUUAUAUGUGUAACCCCAGGGCGCAGAGCCCCUAAGAGCAUCCCAUAUCUAUAAUGUGUUUUAAAAUGCUGUUGGUAUCUCCCAGAACGGGGGAUGGCUAUCUGUAACCCAGCCCCCUCCUACCUGGGAUUUUGUUGUACUGAAUGGAGACACCCUGCGGAGGUCUGUGCAGAAAAGAAGCCUGUUUUCAAUAAAGAUGGUGAGAGUUUGUACCUCCAGAACUGUGUGGCGUCCAGUUACUGGAGGGAAGGGAGAUUUAAGCCCUGUGUCUGCUGUUCCAGCUUGCAGGGAAUCCAGUGGGGAAAGUCCUUGUAAGGACUAAGAACUAGUUCCCCUAUCCGUUUCCCGAUUCCAGUUAGGAAGCAGUCCUUUGGCGGAGGUACCCAGCCGGUAUACAGGGAGCUCCAGCAGUGUUUAAUACAGAGGUGUGUUUGUAUGUAGUGUUAAUGUUUGAAUGCAGGGGUAUAUUUGUGUGUAGUGUUGGUGUGAUGUUGAUAUGUGUGUACAUAUACACAUAUACACACACUGACACAUGUACAGAUACACAGACACACAGCUGCACACACUGACACACAUACACACUAACAUGCAUACAGAUACACAGACACACAUGUACAUAUAUGCAAAUACAUAGACAUACAGUCACAUACAGAUAUAGACACACAGUGACACACAUUCAGCUACACAGAUACAAAUACUGAGGUACAUACAGAUUCACAGAUACAAACACACAUACAGAUACACAGAUACAAACACUGGUACACAUACAUAUACACAGACACACAUACUGCAACACAUACAGAUACACAUAUACAGACACACACUUGCAGAUACAUAGGCACAUAGCCAAACACAAAUACACAGCUACACACACUGACAAACAUGCAGAUACAUAGACACACAGAUGCACAAACUUACACAUAUACAGACACACAGGUACACUCAUGCAGAUACAGAGACACACAGUAAAACACAAAUACAGACACACUGACACACUUACAGAUACAAAGAUGCAAACACACAUACAGAUACACAGAUACAAACACUGACACAAAUACAGAUAUACACAUGCAGAUAGAAGGACACAUACACAGAUACACAGACGCACAUACAAAUUCACAGGCUGAUACACAAUAACAAACAUGCAGGUCAAAAUGUACACAUUUUUAGCCACUCUCCUGUUUCCUACCUUUUGGGAGCAAGUGGCUCUCCUCUGCUGGCUGAGUAUGUAGGAGUUAGGCGUUGGUUUUUCCAAUAUGUGACUCUCUCUUCUGUGCCUUCUCAUCCGACCAGCAUGGCUUAUUAUUAUCUGUCAAGAAGUGAAUGGCUUACACUUCCUUCCAGGACUGCCAAUACAUUAUUACAGGGGUCCAGCGGACGACCAGGCCACUGAAGACACAUGUUUAUCAGGUGGCACUAAGUGCAUGGGCCACCUGAUGGGCCCCAUCAUCAUGUAAAUUUGAUACACAGCACAAAAUGUCUAUUAUCAAACUAAAAAUAUUGUGUAUCAGCCUGUGUAUCUGUAUGUGUGUCUGUAUUUGUAUGUGUGUCGGUGUUUGUCUGUAUCUGCGUGUGACUGUGUGUCUAUCUAUUUUAUUCCAAAAUUGUAUUAUAUAAAAACCUGUCCAUAAAACCAAUUUGAACAGCUAUAUAUAUAUAUAUAUAGCAUUCAGAAAGAAAAAGCAAUAAACAGUCACUCAAUAGAAGCGAUUCGAUUAGGUUUUGGAGACAGUCUAUUUUUGUGAAACAGAGAUAGUGUGAAGCCUUCUCAGGUAGGAUGAGUUAGGAGCUUUGCUGAUGAAACCCUUGGAUAAACAGAGGAAUGUUCGCUAUAUUCCUCUGGUAUAGGAGAGCUGGUGGCAGAGAAUCAGCAGGCCCAAGUUGAGGCCUUUGCUCGUGUCACGUGCGAGCUCAAGAGCAAGCAUUGUUUUUACUGGAAAGGCAAAUGCCUUGUUAAUAUUGUGAUAGAUACAGCACUGGCCCAGACACCAUUGCAUGGUAAUAGUUCAAACUGACGUAAUGAAGGGUGGCAGAGAGUGGCAGCUGUCUCCGGGCACUAGGAAUAGAACUGCCGGGAGUGUUGCAGGAUAUGUCUCUCUCUCAGAUAAUGCUUACUUGUGGUUCUUGAGGAUGCAGCUCAAAAUAUAUAUUUACUCAAACAAGCAGUGUGUUCCUCUCCACAUACAUACUGUGAGCGUAAAAGUGGAAUUGUGGUUGAUGGAAGAUACAUCAGGCCUGAUUUGCUAAACAGCAACCUGAGAAUUUUCAGUUAAAUGCCCCAGGGAGAGAUGUUAGAGUUUGCAAUCUACAUUGCUGAGGUUCUGCAAAACACGGUAUGGGUCCCUGGCGCGGAAUAUUUGGAGAGCAGGGUGGGCCAAUGCUCCAACAGCAUUAGUUGCUGUGUAACAGACCACAAUUUAGAUCUGACUUACGAGUUAAUUAAUUGGCACUCACCUGUAGCUGGUCAAUUAGUAGACAGGCCUUUAAAAGAAGAGAGUAGCCUGCUGCAGAGUGAGGGAGGAAAAGACGGCUAGGAGAGUGAAUGACAAUUGUGUUUAUUGCAAAGCCAUUUCUUUUGGAAAAUUGGUAAGUGGGAAAGCCACCCAAUUGCAGAUAGUAAUUCCUGUCUAGUAAGAGCUCAAGUAAGAGCAAGGGAUUUUGUUUGUUUGUUAUUAUUUAAAGCACCUGUUUUCUUAUUGAAUAAAAAGGAAAACCGAGCUGAAUGUGUCCUGGACUUUGUAUACCCUAGAAGGCUGUGGUUACUGCAAGAUCUGUGACAAUCCUACAAUACACACAAAGAUAAACAGUUAUAUAUGUUCCAAAGCGAUCAUACUCAAAGAUACUUCCCACAACUGCAAUUAGAGAAAAUAGACAGCACAGUACAUCUCUUAAUGGAUCAAUAAGUUCUAAGGAUAAGUUUUGUCAUUUAAAAAUGCUAAAACAAUUAUUCUGCAUUUGGUUCUCUGGAUAAACAAUGUCUUCUUUCACAGAUGGGGAAAAUGGACUGUACCAAUAUGGUGCCGGAAUGGCUUUCUCUGUAGAUUUCAAUUAAGAGUUGAAAAACCUGUGGGCAAGGAAGAUGACACAGCGGCCAACAAUAUAAAAUUUUGGUGCACUGAUGGUAGUGAACUUGAAGGACAAGGACUAGAUUGGGGAGAAUAUGGAACACCUAGCAGUACCUGCAGAAAAGGCAUUUCUGGUAUCGUGACCAGAGUGGAGCCAUCACAAGGAAAUGACGAUGACACCGCUCUCAAUGAUGUCCAGUUUGAAUGUGCUGAAUAUUAAAGUUUAAGCGUCACCAGAUGUUAUCAAAGUUAUGGCUGCUCCAACACAUUUCUCUGACAACAUGAAACUGAUGGUGGCUCGAGCUCCAAUGUGGGGAAAAAUCAAAUAAACAAUUCAGCAUGAAAAUAAAAA